AUGAACCGAUACUUCCAGAACGAGAGUGACCAGGAGAAUUUCUUUCCGCCUCACUCCGACACCAGUUCCAAACUUGGUCAGCUGCAGCACAACCUUCGCGACGCUCGUCUACGAGAAGCCAUGCAUCGUCCCUACUAUCCGUCACCGCUCUCGCAGUCGCCCCUACAAGGGUCCAUCUCUUCCGCCUCUCAUACGGCAGCCUCCAUCGCAAGCUCUUCUCACUCGACCGUGUCAACUUCGACCACUCCGCCUUCCACUUCGUCGCGGUUCUCGAUCAACCAAGCGUUCAAGGCUCUGACCGACGAUGAUAUCGAUUUCUUCGACCGGCUCAUCUCCACGCUCCCGUCGCCUGCUGCCGACUUUUCCCAGCUCAAAGCGGCAUACACUGCCCACUUGUCCGACGAGCUGAAUCGCAGGCAUCGCAGAUCCAGCUCAUCUCACAGCCCCACCCAGGUCGACUGGGAUGCUCAUCUCUGGUCCAUCUUGCUCAGCUUGGUCAAGGUUCGCGGCAAGAACUGGCGAGAACGUUGGGACUCGGUACGGCUCGCUUUCGGACUCGAUCCCAAUAGUGGCGAUGAGACGGAUCUCAGCUCCGCGACACAGACUACUGAUGCAAGCAUAACCGGAAGCUCGACUCAGCACGGCGCGGACUCUACCUCGGAGCGAGGGAUGCACGCCUCGCAUGAACGUUAUUUGCGAGACAUGGGGCAGCCCGCCAGCCCGUCUCACGCGUCCACUCCUCGCCGACAGCACUCGCACCAUCGCGCUGCACCAUCUCCACUCAGUCUCGGACUGCCACGGUCUAGCAGCCCCCCGCCAAGGUAUGGACAAUCUGAACAACAACCCCCGCAUCUCCGAUCGAUGCAGGAAGAACUUGCCGAAGAGAGAACAUCACAAACAAGACGUUUAAACCUCGACGAUUCCAUUUCGGCGAUCCAGACCCGUCUCAGUCACAUGCUUGAUACGGAUGGCGAGCUCGAACAGGGUAGCAAAAGCCACGUGACAAGCAUGGACGAUGCGGCCGCCCUCUCAGAUGAUGCCGUUCGUCUGCCUACAGAUGCAAAGCGUCGCUUCGAUGACCUUGUUAGGUCGUCCCAGUUCGCCCGCUCUAGAAUGCGACAGACCCAAGCUGCGACACACGGCAGAGAAGAGCAGGAUGCAAGGGCGCAACAACUCCAGAUGGCCGACCUCUGGAGGGCACGCCAACUGCUGCAGACCUGCCUGGCUUGGUGGAUCACCUUGACUCGCCAACAACUCGAAAAGAGUCAGAAUGCAGCUGAUGCCAGCGCGCGUGUUCUUGUCCAAAAGUCAUGGGAGCGCUGGAGGCAGGAAGUGCAGAGUGGAUUGCAAGGCAAGCGCAUCGGCGAGAAGACGGAUCGAGUCCGCUGCACCCUCACUGCCUUCCGACGAUGGAAGCGCGUGAAAACCGCUGCCAUGGAGCGCAAGGAUGAGCUCAAGAAAGACUCGAUGCGCAUCGCUUACUAUACAACCACUGCUACCGUCAAGAAGCGACUCGCAAAAGAGGCGUUCGGAGUCUGGAAGCAUCGCUAUAUGGAUCACCUUGCUGAUAGCGUUCGACGGCGACAUCUGCAGAGCGGUGCUUUUGCGCUUUGGCAGAUGAGGUCUUUGCACACAAACCAGCUUCAGGCUCGCGAAAGAAUCUUGAAGAACAAGCAAGAUCAAUCAGCACUCACCUGGGCUUGGGAGCGAUGGUCGGAUCGAACUGAGAAGGCGAAAGCUGUGUAUCGGUUCCAGCAUUACCACAAUCGGCUCUUACUCGUCGAGGCGCUUCACACCUGGCGUCAACGCACAUUGCUGUCUGGACUGUCGCAUGCAUUUGCUGAGCGUCGUCUCAAGCUAGCUGCGCUUGAUCACUGGAAGAGUGCCGUCGAGCAGCAACGCAUGCGUCGCAGGCAAGAAGCGCUCGCGAAGCGCUGGCACUCGCGCCGGCUCAAACAAGGUGCAUUGCUUUCUUGGCGCCGCCACAACUACAGAGUUCUGGGCCUGCAAGACCAAGCUGUCGAAAUGCAAGAUCGGAUUCAAAGAGAGAAGCUGCUCUCGUUCUUUCAUCGCUGGCAACUGCAUUCGCGUGCUGCUCUCCUCGAACGUGUCCGUACGACAGCUAUCCUCGAACGUGCUUUCAACCACUGGAAGCAUCUUCAUAUCUCGUUGACCACUAGCUUACAGCAGCGCGAGUCCACCAUCCUGGAUCGCCGUCACGAGGUCGUCAAAGCAGCUUGUCUACAUCGAUGGAGGCAGCUUGCAAAGCACGUACGCGAACGAGAGGAGGACAUCGUGGCUCGGAGGAACGAGACAAUUUGCAACGACUAUUUCAUCGUAUGGAGAAACAAGCAGCUUCAGCAUCGUUUGCUGCAAGAUAAGUCGGCGGCCAUCUCCGAUUUUUUCGUUUUGCGAUCCUCCUUGCAGCAAUGGCGAAGCAAGCUCCGCGAGCAUCGAGCCGAUGUCAAAGAAGCGCACCAUGACCAGCGUCUUGUUCAGCAAGUCUUCGAAAUAUGGAGGUCCAAGGCAGGUAAGCAGAGGCGUCUUACUGAGCUGUUGCAGCAUUCUCUUGCCAAAAGCAACCAAACACUUGCUCGCGCCUACCUCAAUCAGUGGGUCGCCAAGAUCAUCCAAGUCCGAAAUAGGGAACUGGAAAUCAAGGAGCAACGGCAACGACGCUUGCUCAAAGCUGCAUUCUGCGCCUGGAUUGAGGCUUGUCUACGGCACGACGAUCUUCUGGCGUUGAUGAACAGCUUCAUUGACGUCAAGGAGGAGGAAAGAAAGAGGCACACUUUCCUUCACUGGCUCAACUUUGCACGCGAACAAAAGGAAAGACGCCAGAAAGAAGAGACGCUCGCGGUCGCUGCAAGGAAGAAGCUCCUAGCAACGACAUGGGAUGCCUGGCGGGACAAGCACAAAGAAUUCGCGCUCGCGACUCAAGAGUACGAGAUGCUGAUGCGUCGCCACCAGCUUUCUCAGCGAUGGGCCCUGAACACGUGGAAAUCUCAAACGCUCUUGCUGCCGGCCAUUCGAAUGCGCAACAUCUCGCUCAAGCGAAUGGCUCUUCAGCAAUGGAAGCAGCGCCUGCCAGCCGCGCAACUGUCGAAUCAGGCUGCCAAGAUGGACCGAGCACGACUUUUGCACCCUAGCUGGCGAACGUGGCGAGACAAUCUGAAACUCAAGCGUCAGCUUCGUGCUGCAGCGCGGUUCGGCGCGGGCAGUAUCAGUGCACAACGAUUACGGACGCUGUCGGCUGCGGCAUCCGCUGCCAACCGCUCUGCGGGAUCUUCAUCCCCCUUGUUAGCCCAUUCAUCCUCUCCCUUCCGUGUUCUGGGAGAUGCUGGCUCAUCUUAUCGCUUAGCGACGCCUCUACAACGACCCAAGACGAGUCUGGCUGUUCAGAGUCCGCCGCCAGCAGACGCUUCGCCGGAGGCGAGUCCCCGCACAGGGCGGCCUACCCAAAAAGAAUCCAGCUUGCCUCGAAGAGGAACAUCGGUGCCACGUCAUCUGGAAGCAAGCUUCGCAACUGGAUCGGUGCACUGCUCACCGGGCCAAGGGAAUAGCUCUACAUUCGAUCAGUCGCCCUCAAAAGAAGCCGCUUCGCGAAGAGCAAGAGUUGUCCCGAUUGCGCCCACCUCGACCAGCAUCAGCGAACAGAGUCGAUUCUCUUUGGCUCUGAAAUCUUCGACUUCAUCCAUCUCGGCGGCGUAUGCAAAUGAAUUCAAUCCGACGACGAGGAAUCGACGCCAACCUCAUGCCCACGACAAGGGCGCGACACUUUUAUCGGCCGCGCAAAGGAGCAGCACGAAUGGCCAGGAGCAAAGUGACAACGAGUCGGACUUUGCCCGCAGGAUCAAGCGAUCUGCGAAGUACGACCAGACGCCGUUGAGAUCGCCUGCAGCAGGAGUGGCACCGCCCGAAAGCAAUGACGGUUUCGAAUCUGCCAACUCGGUGCAUUCCGCGCCCGCGCGAACUGGAUUGGCCGAUCGCUCCAGCACGCCAAGGCAGUCACUAGCAGUGGCGGAAGAUAUGAUCUUGCUGCUCCGCGCGCGUGCCCAGUCUCAACAGCGUCGUCAACAAUGA